CUGCCUUCCGUUGCGCACACACUCAGUCCGCGAGAUUCUCAGUUCGCGUGCGCCAAAGAAAAGAAAGAUACAGAGAUAGAAAGAUACAUAUCUCCAAGCCACAAACACCCAUAAAUAAAAACCCCUUGAGAUACCGAAGCUAAAAAGUGCUGAAAAUGCAGCUAGCUCUAUAAGUGCCAAGUGUUGACAAGUGUCCAGAUACAAUAUCUAAAUACCUGAACAAGGUACCUAACUAAAUCCUCAAAAAGAACUAAAAACCCCACAAAAUGCUGGUCGGUUCGCAUCCGUAUCUGUGCAACGGCGUGCCCGCCGCCCCCGCAAACCCCGCUGGCAAUGCCAGUGCACAAACAACAACGACGACCGCCAGCAAAAGUGCCGCCGGCUCCGCGACGGACUUCUCCAUCGCCGCCAUUAUGGCCCGCGAAGAUGCCUCCAGUCGGGAGUCCUCCAUCCGCAGUGCAAGUCCCAUUUCGGUGGAGGAUGAGGUUGACGUUGAUGUGGUUGACUGCAGUGAUGCCGAGGAGCCGCCAGCCAAGGCGCGACGUUUGAACCACCAUCAGCACCACCACCACCAGCACCACCACAACAACACAACCACAAUCAACAACAACAAUAAUAAUAACAACGUGGCACACAAGAGCCGCAACAGCGCCGGCGCCGUGGCACAAACAGCUUCCGCCGAAUCGCAAUUGAACACCAGCUCCACCAGCAGCCAAGGACGCUGCUCCACGCCGCCCCAAUCGCCGGGAACGGAGGACAGCGAGGAGCGUUUAACGCCCGAACCGGUGCAGAAGGCACCCAAAAUCGUUGGCUCCUGCAAUUGCGACGACCUGAAGCCGGUGCAAUGCCACCUGGAGACCAAAGAGCUGUGGGAUCGCUUUCACGAUCUCGGCACCGAGAUGAUCAUCACCAAAACGGGACGACGCAUGUUCCCCACUGUGCGAGUGAGUUUCUCGGGUCCGCUGAGGCAAAUCCAGCCCGCCGAUCGCUACGCCGUCCUGAUGGACAUCAUCCCCAUGGACUCGAAGCGGUAUCGGUACGCCUACCAUCGGUCCGCUUGGCUGGUGGCCGGCAAGGCCGACCCCGCCCCCCCAGCCCGCCUCUACGCCCAUCCCGAUAGUCCGUUCAGCUGCGAGGCGCUGCGCAAACAAGUUAUCUCCUUCGAGAAGGUGAAGCUGACUAAUAACGAAAUGGAUAAGAACGGACAGAUCGUUUUGAACUCGAUGCACCGGUAUCAGCCCAGGAUCCACUUGGUGCGCUUGAGCCAUGGCCAGAGCAUCCCGUCGAACCCCAAGGAACUGCAGGAUUUGGACCACAAAACCUACGUGUUCCCGGAGACCGUGUUCACGGCGGUCACGGCCUACCAGAAUCAGUUGAUCACCAAGCUGAAGAUCGACUCGAAUCCGUUCGCCAAGGGUUUCCGCGACUCUUCCCGCCUCACCGACUUCGAUCGCGAUCCCAUGGAGGCGCUGCUCCUGGAGCAGCAGCUUCGAUCUCCACUGCGGCUGUUUCCCGAUCCGCUGAUGCAACAAUUUGCGGCACAAGGGGAUCCCUCCUCGAUGGCGCUGUUCGAGAAGGCCCGCCAGCACCUGCAAAUGUUCGGCGGCAAUUCGCCGUAUGCUCAGCUGAUGAUGCCGCAAAUGUAUCAGGCGGCAGCGGCAGCAGCGGGACCCCCACCACCGCCGCCGGGUCUGGGCGCCUUCCACAUGUUCCAGCAGCAGUGGCCGCAACUUACCGCCGGCUUUUUGGCCAGCGCCAAUCAGCAGGCGGCCGCCGCUCAAGCCGCCGCUCAGGCUCAAGCGCAAGCGCAGGCCGCCGCCGCCGCAGCAGCGAUGGCCGCCAACCGGACGCCCCCGCCCCCGCCCACCGCAUCCACGCCCUCGUCCACCUCCUCGGGAUCGCCCUCCCCCGACAUGCGACCGCGGCAGUACCAGCGGUUCAGUCCCUACCAACUGCCCGGCGGUCAGGGGCCGCCCUCCGCUGCCAACGGUUCGCCGCCCGCCGUCGCCGCCUCCCGCAGCCCCGCCCACUAGGUCAACCCUCACGCCCUCAAGUUCUUGCCACGAGCAGUAUUAAAACAUAAAAGCAUUGGGACUAAGAGUCGUAUAAAAAUAUACAUUUU